AUCUUAUUGUAAGUUCAUUCUUGCUCGCUCUCCUUCACCUAUCGCGCCGCGUUCUCAUAUCCAGGGUGCGGAAGUCGGAAGCCAUUGGAAGGCCUGCACUUCUAGACCGACAUUUGAAAAGCCUCUUUCCUUUCUACUUGCAUGCAUGCUUCAAUAACCUACAGUUGCAUAAAUCAAUAAUUUUCUUCUUCCUCCCACCUCAGGACGCCAGAGACCUGAACACCAAAACCACACGGGAGUCUUCUGACACCGGACGCAAAAAUGGCUGCCGCUACAGGAGAAAGACUGUACUGGAAAGCCCUCAUCGGAGGCAGUUUGGGCUUCGUGACCUUCGGAUGGGAUGCGGGUGUGCUGGGCGGUGUUCUCCUCACGGAUGAAUUCCAGAGUGCGAUGGGAUAUCCCGACACCACCACCACUUCUAUGAUAACUUCAGUCUUCCUGUUGGCAUCAUGGCUGGGCUGCAUGAUUAUUGCUGCCUUUGGCAUGCUUCUGGGAAGGCGAACUUGGAUCCUGAUCGGUUGUGGCGUGCAGGUGGUCGGCACCAUUAUCUCUGCCUCAAGUUACAGCUCUGGUCAAUUGAUCGCGGGCAGAGUUUUAAUUGGCGUCGGGAAUGGCUUCAUGACUUCCAUGGUCCCCAUCUACGUAGCUGAGAUGGCGGUCGUUACCAACAGGCGUGGACAGGGAGUCAACAUGAUGAUUGCAGCCGCUAGUCUUGGCACAGCGCUCGCAUACUGGGUUGAUUUCGGCAUGGUCUUCGCCAAAACCCAAGCCGUGUGGAGAUUCCCCGUGGCGUUCCAAGUAUUCUGGGCCUUUGCUACUGUAGCAGUCCUGUACUCUAAUCCAGACACCCCGCGUUGGUUCUACGCCAAAGGCCGUACCGCCGAGGCCGAUUCCAUCCUCGAGCGCCUCUACGGCAAGUCAAUCACUGACAGCAAAGUCCAGCAAGCCAAGCUCGAUAUCUUGGCCUCUUUAGAGCUUGAGAGGACGGAGGCCGCUAGUCUGCGUAUCCAGGAUUUCAUCUGGGAUACCUCCGCGAUGCAGAGCGCGAGACGUAUCCGCACCGGCAUGAUCCUGGUUGGCAUGGCAUACUUGAUGGGUAUCGAUAUGAUCUUCUACUACACGUCGACCAUCUUCGAAGUCUACAUUGGCCUCAAGGCCCUGACCGCCUCUGGCCUAGCCGCAGCCGCCACCACCGUCCUCGCCAUCACCAACUACAUGGGUGUCUACUGGAUGGAGAAGUUCAGCCGCCGCACAUGGCUCAUCGUCGGUGCCGUCAGCCAAACGGUUUUCAUGGCUUCUUUCACAGGCUUGCUCUCCACUCCCGGCCCCGCAACUGGGGCCGCGGCCGCCGCCAUGCUGUUUUGCUGGAUUGCUGUUUUUGGUCCCACGUGGGGUCCCGUCACUUAUGUCUACUCUAGCGAGAUCAUGCCCCUGCGCUACCGCCACGUGGGCUUCGCACUCAGCGUCUCUUGUCAGUGGGUCAUGGCGUUCGUCACCGUGUUCGCGGGGCCGAUUGCUAUAGCCGAUCCCUCAGUGGGGUGGAAGACCUGGAUCUGGUUCUUGGUUUUUAACGUCAUCGCAAUUCCCUACGUCUACUUUUUCUGCCCGGAAACCCGUGGCCGUUCACUUGAGGAGAUCGACCUCAUUUUUAUUUCCGACAGCCUGCGGGGCACCGAGUCAGCAAAGGUCCUGGAGCAUACCGAAGACCGCGUGGCGGUGGAAAAUAUGGCCGAGACAAAAGAUUCGGGAAGCGACAACGCGGCGAGUGCGGAUGAAAAGAGCUCACCUGUGUAGUUUGCUUCAUUGCACCAUUCAGCAGUUCGCUCGCUUUGGCGACGUGUAGUGGAAAGAUACGACCUUUUAGGUGUACUCUGUGUAGUCUCUUACCCGUGUAAAUAACAGUACUAAUCAUAAUAUAUGGAGGGCAGGAUUAGUUGUCGGAUGAUGUCAAAUUGUCAAUUGCCAACUUCUAAAGAGUGGAGAUCAGGCCUAGGCGUAGAGUCUUUUGAAUCAAGAUCCGUUUACGCCAAAGGUGUGGCGUUGAUAGAAACCUGCAUGAUUGUCUCAAAGCAUUUGGC